AUGGGAAGUUAUAACUCAGUGCAUAAUAAAUCUGCAAAAUCAGUUGUUGAUGUGAUGAAUAUUCAAAAGAAUCGAUUAAGACUUACUGCAACAAUUGAGAGUGUCCGUUGGCUUAGUUUGCAAGCAUGUGGAUUAAGAGAUCAUGAUGAAUCUUCAACUUCUCAAAAUUGUGGUAAUUUCAUCGAGAUGCUAAAACUUUUGGGAAAAUGGAAUGCUAGUAUUGACGAUGUAAUCUUAGAGAAAGCACCGGGAAAUGCAAAAUAUACCUCACCAGAAGUUCAAAAAGAAAUCUUGCAUAUUAUUGGUAAUAGAGUCAGAAACAAAAUUCGUGCUGAAAUUGGAGAUUCUAAGUUUUGUAUUUUGGUGGAUGAAGCGAAGGAUAUAUCUAACAAAGAACAGAUGGCUAUAAUUUUGAGAUUUGUUGAUGCUCAUGGUUUUUUACGGGAUCGUUUUUUCCAAAUUGUGCAUGUUCAUGACACCACAGCUGCAACACUUAAGAAAGAAAUAUGUGAUGUCCUCACCAGAUAUAAUCUAGAAAUACACAAUAUUCGGGGUCAAGGGUAUGAUGGUGCUAGUAACAUGUGUGGUGCUUUUAAUGGAUUGCAAGCUUUAUUUCUUAAAGAUUGCCCCUAUGCAUAUUAUAUACAUUGUUUUGCCCAUCGACUCCAACUAGCGUUAGUUGCAGCUGCUGAAAAUGAGAUCUCUAUAUGGCUUUUCUUUUCAAAUUUGACGACUAUUGUUAAUCUUGUUACAUCUUCGUCCAAACGCAAUGCUGAGUUACAAUCUGCUCAAGUUAAUGAAAUUACACGUUCUGUUGUUCCUGGUGAACGCGAGACUGGACGAGGAGCUAAUCAGAUUGGUACUUUGCAUCGAGUAGGAACUACUCGUUGGAGCUCCCAUUUUGAUUCUAUUUGCGACUUAAUAGAUAAGUAUAAUGCAACUAUUAAUGUGCUUGAAAAUAUUAUCAUUGAUGGUUCCUCUACUUCGAUGCGUGGGGAAGCUGUCCUGUAUUUCAAUGUUUUGCUUCAAAUGUUACAUGCUAUAAAUUGCAGGUACUAUACCGAUCCAUCUGGCACAUUCUGGCAAUGCAAUGCAAAAGCAAUAGGAUCUGGAUCCGAAGGAGCUGAUAGUUCUCUUCAAGAGCAAUACAACAAGGACCUGUCCCUUCUGGAAGCUGAAACUAUAGCUCUUUCCAUCCUGAAACAAGUCAUGGAAGAAAAGGUAACCCCUAAUAAUGUUGACAUUGCAAAGGUGGCUCCUACUUACCAUCUAUAUACACCUGCCGAGGUUAAAGAUGUCAUUUCUCGCCUUUGAUCGGCAAGGCCAUUUAUCUUGUUAUCUGCGUUUCUUCGUACUUCAUACUACUUGCUAGAUUGCUGUUUAAUUGUGCUGGAUGCUGUGACCUUAUUGUGUUCUGGUUGCUUAUCCACUGAACCAUAUUCCGUUCAAAGAAGUUUAGUAAUGUCAUCUGCAAUUUCUCUAAAAGUUUUAUUCCCUUGGAGUCUAUGCUGUGAAAUUAUAAUAUGUCAUCUCUCAUUUUUCACAUUCGCAGUGAAACAAUUAAUAGCUCACAAAAAAUAGCUGAAGGUUGAAUUUUA